CCAAUCAUCACUUUUAUUAUUUUUGGAUGAUGACGAAAACUACAAAAACGACAAAGAAAAAAAAACAAGUAAAAAAAAGUAUGGCUUAAUCAUUUUUCUUUUAGCUUUCCAAGUAACACAAGAAGGGCGUCAAGAAAGAAAAAAAAACUCAUCCGCCACCAGGGGUUUUGGGGUUUAUCGACAUUAUUAUUAUUUUCUUUCUCGCGUAUAUAAUAGUAUCAUUUAAGUCCUUUAUCUUAUCCAUUUCGCAAAUUCUCCUAAUUCUUAUUAUUUCACCCUUUAAAUUCACACACAUUCACACAUUCACCAUAGACCCCCCCUUCCAUGACGCUUCCGUUCAACACAGUAUCGAAUUUCGCGCGACCCAAGGACAAUCGGCCAAACCGGUUCGCGUACGAUUUCGGGUCAAUUGACCCAGGCAUGUUCACACCCGCACCCGAGCGCAACAUACCCAAGCGCGCGCCCAAACGCACCCUCUCAUACACAAUUCCCUUACCAGACGACAAUUUGACAGCGGCAAAUUCAGAUGAGCAGCAGGGUCAUGUGCUCGGCGUCAACGCCUUGGCACUGUCGUUCGACGACCCAGGCCUCGGUGGCACGCUGUACUCGGGCGGGCGCGACGGCGUCGUCAAGGCGUGGGACCUGAAUGCGCCAAUGAGCCAAGUCGAGAGUAUUGGGGGCGAUGAGGAGGAGCCAAGGGCAUGGGCGAUUGACCGGCAUCGGGCACGGCAGAGGCGCGCGCGCACGACGUUGCGGGCGUCCCGCGUGGUGCACAGCGACUGGGUCAAUGACCUGGCGGUGGUCAACGGCGGCGCAACGGUUGUGUCGGCGUCAUCGGACCAGACAGUGCGUGCGUGGACACCUGGGCACAGCGACUCGCAGCCAGCCACGGUCGGGUCACAUCUGGACUACGUCAAGGCGCUGGCGUUCAGCGCGCAAAAUAAUACGAUCAUCAGCGGGGGGCUGGACCGCACAAUCAAAUUAUGGGACAUCACCCGGGCCACCGAGGCGCCGCUUGGGCCGGUACGCGCGGUGCGCGAGUUUGGCGGCGCAUCGCUGCUAUCGGUGUAUGCGUUGGCGUGUAACGCGUCGGGGUCACUGGUAGUGUCGGGAUCACCCGAGAAGGUCAUGCGGCUGUGGGAUCCGCGCGAGGCGCGGCAGCUGGCAACGUUGUCCGGGCACACCGACCAUAUCCGCGCCGUGCUGCUGUCGGCUGACUCCGAGCUGGUACUCUCCGGGUCAUCCGACACCACUGUCAAGCUAUGGAGCCUGCGCAUGCGCCGCUGCCUGUCGACCUUCGCGCAGCACACAGACUCGGUAUGGGCGCUGCACUCGGCGCACCCGCGCUUCGCCACAUUCUACUCGGCCGGCCGCGACGGGCUGGUCACAAAGACCAUUGGCGCCGGUGCCUUUGCCGACGAGGGCCCGACGCCGCGCCGCAUGUCGGUCGACGAGCCGCGCAUUGUGUGCGUGGCCGUGGCCAAGGAGCAGCACGGUGUCGUCAAGCUGGUCGCCGCCGAUGACGCGUAUGUAUGGACGGCGACCAAGGGCACGACGCUCAAUCGCUGGCUGGACGUCGGCGCUGGAGCAGCCGACGCUGGUGCAACCGAUGCUGAUACGGACGCUAGCUGCUCGCUGAUCGAGCCCUGGCAGUCACCAGGCGCCGGACAUCGGCGCACACACACUAUAGACUGCGCCGGGCUGCGCAUCCGGCCGCCACCCGAGUGCGCGCGCUCUCCGCCGCUGCCGCAUGCCACCGUCUCGCCGGUGCUCAGGGCGAUCUGCGCCGAGCAGGCGCGCCUCAUGGACGACGUUGCGCCGGCCGCCCCGCUUGUAUCACACAGCCGCUCAAUGUCGGCAGGGACUGGGCUCGCGCAGCAGUUCGGGUCGCUUGCGUCGAUUCUCACCGGGGUGCCCGAGCCCCGUGUGCCGAUGGCUGGUGGCGGCGGCCUGCAUGCCGUGGUUACGCCCGAGUCGCCGCUGCCGCUGGGCGCGCUGCUUGAGGCGGCUGCGCCCAGCUCGCCGCACAGCCGCGGCGGCGGCAACAACAUUAACGGGCUCGACAGUGGUGUCAGACCCGUGCGUGCGGUCCCUGACGAGACGAUCUGCGGGCGCCACGGGCUGCGGCGCCAUAAGGUGCUGCAGACGCGGCGCCACGUUUUGGCGCAGGACACGCUCGGCCGCGUAUCGCUAUGGGACAUCAUGCUCUGCCGGCGACUCCACGAGUUCCCCGACUCGGACGCGGGCACCGACGCGGAGUCGGGCCUGUUCCAGGGCAUCUGCGGCCGCGACCUGGACGCUAUCCAUGCAGCUAUUUCGAGCGAGCCCGAGUCGGUGCAGUCGUGGUGCCACGUGGACACGCGCGUCGGCGCACUGACCGUGCAUAUGGAUGAGACGCAGGUGUGGGCGGCCGAGGUGCACGUCGACGAAGUCGACGGCGUAGCAGCGGAUGCUGUGGCUGCCAUGGGCGACCACGAGCGGGUCAACAUUGGCCAGUGGAUGCUCAAGCGGUUGUUCUUGGCCUACGCACGCAAUCGCGUGCGGCGCGGCCCACUACCGCGCGCCGACGCCGCACUACUUAACCGCUGGGCCACUCAGGUGCCGGCCGCCGCUGUUGUGCCGGCGCGCGCGCCCCAGCCGCAGAGGGGCGCGCACCCGGAGCUGUCCAAGACCGCGUCCACCCCGCAUGUCUCCACGCUGCUUCAGGCGCAGCUGCCAGGCCUGAAGCCGACCGGGUCGCAGCCGCAGCUGUGUUUGGACGCAGCGCGCUCGCCGCUGCCGCUGCAGGGGGAGGACACAGAUGCACUGCCGGGUCCUCUGCCGUCGGCGGUUUCGCAGCUGUGUGCGUCGACGCAGGAGAUUGGCAUUAGCGCCUCUAUUUCGGCACUGCCAUCGCCAGCGGAGGUCCCCGCGCCAGAGCUGCCUAGGAUCGUGCAGACAUCCACGGGCCAUGAGGAGGAUCUGGGUGAUGACACUGGAGAUGAUACCGACAACGACAACGACAACGACAACGACAACGACAGCAACAACAACAACGAUAACGGUAACGAUAACGAUAACGAAAAUGUCAACAAAAACAACAACGAUAAAGACGCAGGUGGCUGCUCUAGUCUCGGCGACGGCGGCGACAACGGCAGACUAAUGGUUUCGGGUGACGCCAACGAGCGCCUUUUGCACCUAAAUCAGCAGUUCUCAGAAUUGGCGCUUCCAGGCGGCUCCCCGAGCCACCAUAACCACCACAGCCACAACCCGUCGAUCGACUCGGCGCUCAGCACAGCACAGCAGCAGCCCAGCAAUGCCGCUACUGCUGGAAAGGCCGCGGAUGCCGAGUCUAAUGCCAACGCUCCAACCGGCAAGUUCAUGACGCGGCUGCUCUCGAUGCGUGUGCGGCGGCAGAAAAGCACGCCAGUCUCGCAGGCGAUCCCAUUGCCUCCCUUGUCCUCGACAAUGCCGGGCCACGUGCAAGCAAGCGGCAGCCAGCUUAGCGCCCCCGCGUUGCCCAGCACGCACCGGACAAUAAGCACACCAGACCCGGGAACCAAUGGGUCGUCCUCCAUGGACAGCGUCAAGCGGGCGAUUCCGGUGCCGCCGCCGCAGCCUGAGCGCGACGAAUUUGCAGAGUGGGCCGGGCCGCGGUAUCCGACAGACACUGAGCGCACGCUGGCACUUCUCCAGCAGCCACCGGCGGCCUGGGACCAGCUGUACUCGCCAGUGAUCUGCCCGCGGCUGCCGCUUCCACACAGCGUCAUCAUCCACAUCUACCAGAACCACAGCGACGCCUCAGAGCCCUACGCCAUCUAUCGCAACACUGUGGCAGCUUUUACAAAGUCCUCACUUGGUGCUACUUCUAUGGCUUCCCAUGGUGAUCUCGCCAUGUCUGUGUUCAGAGUCUCUGAUGACCCAUUGCUUUCCUUUGAGUUGUGCAUGCCCGCAUGGCUGACGGAUUUCUUAUUGUUCAACAGGCUGCCGGCGUCAUACCAGGAGCCUGCCAAGGUGUCGUUUGUCUUGACCCCGACGCAGUCCACUGCGCUGCCACCGUUCCCGCAACCCAAUGCUCGGCUAGUGGCUAACCGCAUGCUGCGCGCGCGCAAGCUGGCUGUCUAUGUCGUGGAUAAGCUUGGCCUGCCGCUGAUGGUGCAGCCGGCCCCCAACUACAUUAAUGCUGUCGAGGCGUGUCUUCGCUCGUACUUGCGCAUGAUGGAGGGGCAGAUGCAGGUGCAGGGAGCGGAUACUGCGGAUCAGAUUGUAUUGAUCGGGAAUAAGUACGUUGAUGCGUUCAGGUUGGCUGGUGAGACUCUGGGGGAUACCGAGCUGGCAGCGCUUGUGGAUAUGGUUGAGUGGCAGGAGAUUAUGCAGGUGGAGAAGAACGAUCGCGGAGACAGCAGUCGCAGCAAAGGUGACUUGCUGACGGUGGCUUUUGCUAGUGGUAAUGGAAGGAAGGAGGAGGAUGCCGAUGAUGAUGAAAAGGAGGAGCAGGGGUAUAUUGGCCGGCCAGAGCUUUACUUGGACCUGUACUGUAAGGGCCAGAAGCUCAGGCCUAAGCAGACUUUGGCUACAAUUAAGACACAUGUGUGGAAAUCCAGUGGCGAUGUGCAGGUCAAUUACGAUUGGGCUGAGUUUGUCAAGACGCGCAUCGCAAAGGCACAGAGCUUGGCCGCACAGAGUCAGAACUAGAUUUGGAACUAACAAUAAUCAAGUUCAACUGUGUAAAAAAUAAUAUAUGUAUAAUUUUUGCAAUUUUUUUAAUUUAAUUGGAAAAAUAAAAUAUAUAUAGAAAGAAAGAAA